UCCCGUAACCAUACCUGCAAUGACGCUAGCGCAACCUAUGAAACACUAGCUGGCUAAUUUUAUUCUGCGCGUGCCGAAUUUGACACAAAAGUUUCCAAGGACGUGUACGUGACAGCCCCACCUAUGACGCGUGCGUAAACCUGUCCUUGCGUCUGUCUAUAUCCGAACCCCCUCUGCACAUGCGCAUUGUUCAUGCUGUCAGGUUGCGUACUAUCCGGCAGGAGAAUGGCUUCUCGUACCUUAACUGCUGCUUACCGCUUGCUUCCCUCACCCGCACAUCUUCGGCCAGGACUCAGACAGCCGCAGCAGGCACUGUCUGCUGUGUGGAAACAGAAUAGAGAUUAUUCAAUACAUUCUUUCAUACCCCCGCCAGCCAAGUAUGGAGGAAGGCACACAGUAACCAUGAUCCCCGGAGAUGGUAUCGGGCCUGAACUUAUGCUGCACGUGAAGGAAGUAUUUAGGCAUUCCUGUGUGCCAGUAGAUUUUGAAGUAGUAAAUGUAAAUUCGUCAUCUGUUGAUGAAAACGACAUUCAGAAUGCCAUUACAGCCAUCCGUCGGAACAGGGUCGCACUAAAAGGUAACAUUGAGACAAACCACAACAUGCCGCCUUCCCAUAUAUCACGAAAUAAUCUACUUCGCACAAGUCUGGACCUUUAUGCCAAUGUCAUACACUGCCGGAGUGUCCCUGGGGUUCAUACCCGCCAUAAGGACAUUGAUAUUAUGAUAGUGAGAGAGAACACAGAAGGAGAGUACAGCAGCUUGGAACAUGAGAGUGUGUCCGGGGUAGUCGAGAGUCUCAAGAUCAUUACCCGAGUAAAUUCUCUCCGCAUUGCAGAAUAUGCGUUUAAGUUGGCCCGGGAGGAAGGACGCAAGAAGAUCACAGCUGUUCACAAGGCGAAUAUUAUGAAACUUGGGGAUGGGCUGUUCCUUCAGUGCUGCAAGGAAGUAGCCUCAGGGUACCCCGAUAUCACCUUUGAGAGCAUGAUUGUUGACAACACCACAAUGCAGCUGGUGUCCAACCCCCAGCAGUUUGACGUGAUGGUGAUGCCUAAUCUGUAUGGCAAUAUUGUAAACAACGUAUGCGCCGGAUUGGUCGGGGGUCCUGGACUUGUUCCGGGGGCAAAUUAUGGCAAUGUCUAUGCAGUUUUUGAAACGGCCACAAGGAACACAGGCAAAAGCAUCGCCAACAAGAACAUCGCAAAUCCCACCGCCAUGCUCCUUGCAAGCUGCAUGAUGUUGGAUCAUCUCAAGUUGCACAGCUACGCCGCCUCUAUUCGCAAAGCUAUUCUGGGCAGUAUGAAUGAACACCGGAUGCACACGGCAGACAUCGGAGGUCAGGGUACCACUUCAGAAGUGGUGCAGUCAAUCUGCAAGCAGAUCAUUGUAAAAAAUGGGCGAGCUGUAGCAGUCUGAGAGGAUAUCAGUCACAGCCUGGACACAACACUUGCAAUGGAAGCCACCAAUGCAGAAGAAACGACGCAUGCUUACUUUGUGGUUGGAAUCUUAGGGUGACUGCUUAUCUGUUCCCAUGGUGUCCCACUGUUCGUGAUAUGUCCGCUUGUGUAUAGUGACACACAGAUCUAGUUCCUGUGUUGUUAAAGGAACAGUUACACCAACAGAUGAAAGUGUUUUAAAGGAAUGACAAUAUAAUGUGCUGCACUAGUACAACUGGUGUGUUUGCUUCAGAAACUCUACUAUAGUUUAUAUAAACAAGCUGCUGUGUAUCUGUGGGGGGCAGCCAUUCAAAGCUGAAAAAGUAGAAAAGGCACAGGAUACACAGCAGAUAACAGACAAGCUCUGUAGUAUACAAUGGGAUUCUUCAGAACUUUUAUAUUAUCUACUGUGUAUCCUGUGCUUGAAUGUUUGCCCCAUGGCUACACAGCAGCUUAUUUAUAUAAACUAUAGUAGUCUUUCUGAACACACCAGUUUUACCAGUGCAGGGCACAUUAUAUCAUUCUUCCUUUAAAACACUUUAAUCUUUUGCUGUUCCUUUAAAUACACUUCCAAGAUUAGUUUGUGGCAGAUACAAUGCUCUGCUUCUUAAUGUGUGAUUGUACCUCGCCAACAAUGCAUGUGUCCCCAUGUGGGGCAGACUGGGAACAAUGAUGUGUCCUAGGGAACAUGCAGUGCUGGUGAAGCCCAAAGACACAGAGAAUCUAUAAUAUAAGUUAUGUGUGUUAUAGGUUAUAUCAAAUCUUGAGCUCAGAUGCACUGAUGUUACAGUAUGAUGCUUGUUUUCAAAACUACAUAGAAAUACAUUAUUCACAAAUAAACUGUCUGUGUUAGACUAUUA